AUGAGCUUCUCCAACCCCAUCGGCUGUUUCUCUGAAAGCAGCGGCAGCACUACCACUACUACCGUCGCCAGUUCCGUUCGUCGAGCCUAUCACGACCAGCCUCAAGCCAUGACCAUGACUAUGCCACUCGCUGGCCUCUCGCCGCCCAACAAAGGCUUCUUUGCACCCUCUUCUAUGCCCAACGCAAGGGCCGAUGGUUCAUCAAACGGCGGCAUCUCCUCUUCUGUGCCUAGCCGUGGACGCAGAAGAGAAUCCAUCACCGGGCAGAUGCGUCGCAAAGCCACCGACACAGCUUCGGCUGCUGGCGCUGGUGGAGCCUCAGGCCUCUCGAUGAGCCGUGGUGCUGCUGGCAUCCCCACCUCUCCCAAUGGACGAGCGAUCCCCAUGAUGGCACGCUCCCCCCGUAUGGUCACUGCUGAGAUGAGCGGUCUUUCCACUUCCUUUGGAGCUGCUGCUGAAGCUCUUUCUCUCUCGUCUUCCAUCGCAUCCAACUCCACCGUCGCCCCUGGCUCUUUCCAGGCAAGAAGCAAUGCGCAACCUAUUGCAAACGAGGGGCGCUCGCAAGGUCACUCGCAUCUCGGUGUUGAGUGCUUUGGUCCUUCCAGUCUCGACAGUUCCAUGCCUAUGCCAAGUCCAGGGAUGAUCACUGCCAACGCGAGUGUCAGUGGUGCCCUUGACAACGGAGCUAAGCGUGACCGUCGCGCCUCGGUCAGCUCAACAGGCACUGUUGGCGAGGAUGAUGACUCCAAGGGCGGCAAGCACGAGCAGCUGCACCGUUGCGAAAGCUGUGCCAAAGUCUACCGUCACCCAAGUUGUCUCAUCAAGCAUCGCUGGGAGCACACCGUCUACUGGAAGGAAGCCUCCAAAUUUCUCAUGAGCAAGCAUCAACAGGUACAGCUACUCGAAGCCGCCGCCAUCUUGGUCGGUAUGGAUGCCAACGCGCGAUCUUUGCCCGAAGAAAAGGCACUGUGGCCUGCAGCUGUCAGCCCUCCGUCGUCUGGUUUGCUGGGAUCCGAAUCGAUCAACUUUGAAACCCUGAUGGCUUCGAAACGUCGCAACACGGUCUCGAGCAAUGCUGGUGCCAGCCCAGCACGUGGACCUACUCCUUCGUUGGUUCCUAACGACAGCAGCGAUGGCAGCACUACCAGCACCUACGAUCCUUCGAUGCGCAGUGUUACCAUGAGUCCACUUGCUGGACUGGGCAACAUGCGUCUCACUGAGACCGAUGGCAAGCACAGCGGUUUGCCACCUUACCGUCUUGAUGAUGGUGGCAGUGGUAGCGACCGUGCUGACCGUUCUGGUUCGGCAGAGAUGUAUGACGAUGAGGAUGUGGAUGAGGAGGACCGAGUGGAUGAGGGCGAGGAGCGAUACGGUGCUGAUGCAGGCGGCGAUGUGAUGGCCAACAUGGAGAUGGAUGACGUGCAAUAA